AUGACCGAGAAGGUUGCAGAGCUACCCGUCAAACCAGACAUUUGGAAACCGCGAUGGGACCAAAGCACCUUCGAAGGUCGUGCUAAACAUUUCUUCACAAUUACAAAUCCAUUAAAUAUCUUGUUGAGCAGUGAAACUCUAGAGAAAAGUCGAAAAAUCGUAUCUGAUUACAAGAAAGGUAUCUAUGACAAGGAUCUCACAGUAGAUGAACUUUGGCAUGCAAAGCACGUCUACGACUCAGCUUAUCAUCCGGACACCGGCGAAAAGAUGUUCAUAUUA